UUAUUGUAAAGUUGUACAUUCGGUCAGUGGGUCGCCUUAGGGGCUAACUACUUAUACAUUUUACUGUAUCGUGGUAUAGGGUAAUUAUUGUAAUCAUUAAAACAUCAUACCGACAGCUUUGCUGUGGUUUAUCAUGCCGGGAGUCGAUACAAUGUUAAGUGACGAAGACUACAUCAUAGCAAAGGCGAAGGAUGCACAGAAGUACAAUAUACACUCUGCUAAAGCAUGGAUGCUCACAGCAAAAACUUUAUUCCCUGCAAACUUUAAAAUACAAUUUGAGGCUUACUUAAUGGAAAAGCAGUCAGGAAAUGUCCAGGAAGCUGCAGAAUGCUUUAGUUCAUUAAUGAAAUCCCGACAGAACCUACCCUCGUUAUUACCUGAAAUAUCAUCCAUUGCAAAUGCUUUGAGAUCAUCUGAAGGAAGCUUUUUGAGCCAAAUGUUUGAUAACAUUUGUCCGGAUAUACAAUUGACUAUACUCAAAACCAGUGUAGAGAAUAGUGAUGAUACCAUGGAACAUUGCCGUUUAUUAGUUUUGUUGCUGAAGAAAUUUCCACAACUGGGGGUGGACAGUCUAGUAAAGACAUUAAUAAAUGCUGAAAAAUUCUUUUACGAUAAUCGCUAUGCUAGGUUACUUGUGGUGGAGACAUUGCCACUACUCAGCUCCUUGGAAUCGCCGAGGUUGUUGCAGCGCUUGGUCAUUAAAGCAAUAGACUUUUACAACAGCUAUGUAUAUGAUGAAAAUGAGCAUGAUAUCACAGAUCCAUGGCAGAGACUUUUUGGCGUUUUAGAUUUAAUGGGUAGGCAGUUGGGUUGGGAUUCAUUUUUUGUCAAUUAUAGUAAUAGUUUGAACAAGGAGACAUACUUCCAGAAAUUGUUGACAUUGAGGAAUAGUGAUGACUGUCGCCAGCUUUUAUAUUGUGGAACAACUUUUUUCUUAAGAUCUCUUUAUGAACAGAAAUCAUUAAAAGGCAAUCAUAUACUGGUGGAAGCUCUGUCAGAUCCUGAAAUAUCACCUUCAAAAAGAAGAAAAGGUGACCUGGAGGUUACUGGCAUAUCUUCACAUCAGUUCCAAGCAGCUGCUAAUUGUUGGGAGUUGCUGCACAGUAAUGAACUAAUUUCAAGAGAAUUCACUAAACUAGCUAAUCAGUUGCAAAUUAAACCAUGGUCUGAUGGGUUUGCUGAAGAAUUUGCGCUGUAUCGAGGAAAAUAUGAUGAGGCUAUGCCUCAAACAACAGUUACCAAUGUGACAGCUAGUAUAGUAAGAGUAUCAAUCAAUUAUUUUCAGAAGAACUAUGCUGCCUGUAUAGAGAAUAUUCUCUUGGCCUUACCUCAGUUACCAAACGUAGAAGGUGUUUUAGAACCUGAAUUGAUAGUGGGAGGGAAACAUAGGCACCUGCAUUUCCUGCCCCUCACUAAAGUAGCAAUUAUGCAUUAUUUCUGUACUUUACUUAUAAGAAUUCUAUUGAAUACAAGUAACGGCACUGAUUUGACACAUGGCCACAUGCUAGUGCUGAUGCAACUAGGUUGGCCACAGGAAGAAGCAAUAUUUAUCCAGAUAAUGGAUGUCAUAAGAGAAAAGGGUGUGUUUCAGUACCAUCUAUUUUCUACAUAUAUCAUUCAUAUAGACAUAUUAGAAGAGCUAAGUUUCAUUUGGAAUGAACAAGGAAAUAAUGUUGUGCUUGAUAUCAUUCCAAAUUCACAGCAGCAUUUGGGCCAGAGGAGAAUUGGCACUCGUGGAGCAGAUAAAGGAGUUAAAGAAGACUUCAAGCAAGCAAUGAAAGCCCAGGUGGCCAGAAGUAAUGAAUCUGUGUUAAAUUUAAUGAUCCAGUUUAUUACCUCUGAAAGAUCAUACUUUUUGCAAUUAUAAAUAAAAGUAGUUGUUGAAGAGCA